UUAGAAUUUUGAUCAGUAAAUUUUUGUAUUGUGAUGAAAAGUGUUCAAAUUGUAGUCGCUCUUGGAGCUACAGUUUUUGGGGCUGGUGUCCUACUUUACAUCUAUAAACGUCGCAAAGACAAUUUCAGUAAACCUUCAGAUAAAGAUUGGCAAUAUGCUGGGACAUUGGAAGAAAUAAUUUUGUAUCCAAUUAGAUCGUGUUAUGGUAUUGAACUUAAUGAAGCUUCAUGCAAGAAGAAUGGAAUCCAAUGUGGAGACUUGAAAGAUAGACAAUUGUUCCUUGUUGACGAUCAAAAUACACCUUUAUUUGCUGGAUCCCAUCCAAAGAUGUGGCAAAUCAAAUCCAAACUUAUCGAUAUCGAUGAGAUAGAAGUGACUGCACCAAAUAUGGAACCGUUGGUAUUGAAUAUUCAUAAAAUUACUUAUGGACGAAAGGAAGUUAUUAAAUGCUAUGGAGGUUCAUCAAUUUCAGUGAUCGAAUGUGAUUCGGAGUAUGGAAAUUGGUUUUCUAAAUUUUUACUACAAAAGGAGUCAGGAUUGACUCUGUUCGUUUGUCCUUUUUUGGGGAAAAUUCCUUUUCGAAAAAAUUUGGAUCUUAAUCCUUACAUGGUCAUGGUUGAUGAAUCAAUCAAAGAUUUAAAUAAUCGCCUGCCAAAUAAAGUCCAUCAUUGGCAAUUUCGUGGUAACUUUUUGAUAAAGAAUACUAAUCUACCGGCAUUUUCUGAAGACAACUGGAAAUGGAUGCGAAUUGGAAAUGAAACUAUAUUUCGUUAUAAAGCACCAUGCUACCGUUGUAUUCUUCCCAAUGUUAAUCCAUUCACAUGUGAACGUAGUCCAGAGUUUGAACCUUUGAAAACUCUUAAAAAAUAUCGAAUGAAACCAGGACAGAUUGAACCAGAGAUGGGAAUUUAUUUUAAUAUACAUAAGGAAGGUGUAAUAAAGUUGGGUGAUGAAGUCUAUGUGAUUAUAUGAGCUGGUGGUAGAGUUAGAUAUAAAUCUUAGAUUUUAUUGUUUUUGUUUUUUUUUUUUCUCUUUAAAAUAAAAUUCCAGUUUUUAUUUUAAAUUCUCUUACUACUUAAAUUUGUUUGAAGAAGAGAAGAAGGUUAAAAAUACUUUAAAAACCACAAAAGAAGUCCACUUCAACAUUGUGUAUUUUUAUAAUCAUGGUUGCCAAGUCAUUUUUUAUUAUAUUUUUUUCCAAAUAAAUGGAAUAAAAAGUAA